UGCACUGCCACAGGGACAGGUGUCUCGACGACGCCCCCGCGGUUAACUUGCAACUCGCGAAACACCCUUGUUUAUAACACUUGUUGUGCUCACAACGCGUAUUUAACUUACGAAACUUGAGUUAAAACUAGUUUAAAACAUGAUUAUGUGAACUCGGAAGUGACGUGAAGUGAUUUAAAAAAUACCGGCUUUGACAGUCAUGUUGUCAAGUACGAUUUAAGUGCAGAAUAAUCUUUACUUAUGAUGUACACAAAUCCCGCACGGAUUUCACUUGCCUUGACUUUACGUGAGACGUACUAGCUGAAUUUUCUACUUAAAAGGUCUGGGGAGCGCCGCUGGGCAUUAUGUUGGAAUGCCUGUGCCCCGCGCCGCGCACGCUGGCCUGCCGCGUGGUGUUGCUGGACGAGCGAGAGCUACUGCAUGAAAUUCAGGACAACAACACUGGGCAGGCGUUGCUGGACGUCGUGUUCAGACAUCUGGACCUUCUGGAAACGGCGUAUUUCGGUCUGCGAUAUGUGGACCAGGAUAACCAAACUCAUUGGCUGGAUGCUGGCAAGAGACUGCGGCGGCAGCUUCGUGGCUCCGACCCUCACACCUUCUACUUUGGAGUCAAAUUCUACGCCGCUGAUCCUUGUAAACUAUUGGAGGAGAUCACAAGAUACCAGCUGUUCCUGCAGUUGAAACAAGACGUGCUCCGAGGCCGGCUGCCCGUUGGCUUCGAUCUUGGUGCUGAGUUAGCAGCGUUCGUUUUGCAAUCGGAGUUGGGGGACUAUGACCCGCGUCGGCACGCACCGGGCUACGUGGCGGAGUUUCGUCUGCUCUCCCACCAAACGCCAGAGCUGGAGACACGCGCUGCUGACAUACACCGCACUCUCACGGGUAUAUCUCCAGCGCAAGCCGAGUUGAGCUAUCUCGAUAAAGUGAAAUGGCUUGACAUGUAUGGCGUUGAUCUUCAUCCUGUCCUGGGUGAAGAUAAUGUAGAAUAUUUCCUCGGGCUGGCGCCGAGCGGUCUUUUGCUGUUACGAGGCAAACAUACAGUUGCCAACUACUACUGGCCCCGAGUCUCCAAACUUUACUACAAGGGGCGGUACUUCAUGCUUCGCGUAGCGGAUAAAAAUAAUGACGCGUCAACGUACGGCUUCGAAUCACCGACACGGGCCGCGUGUCGUCAUCUCUGGCGAUGCUGCUCCGACCACCAUGCGUUCUUCAGGCUGCAGCAGACCUCCCCGGCCUCCGCAGAUAUCUUUGCCUUGGGCACACGGUUGAGAAAUAGUGGUCGAGGGACACGACCGCGGCCGCCGCCCGUGUUCACUCGCACGCCGUCUCGACGCAUCUCUCGACCCUCACACGUCUCGCACUCCUUAACAUUGCAUGACGUGCCUAAACUUGAAGACUUGAGAAUAAAAGACUGCCCUCCAGAAAUGAAACAACCUACCUCAGUGCACAGGCCUAAUUCAAUAAGCGGCGAAAUGUCGGGUCCCCCGCCGAAUACUGCCCCACAUGGCGGGUCUCCCCGUUCGACGCGGUCAGCCCCAACUCGGCGGGGGCUGUACUCCGCGUCCCCCACAGCCACCAGACCGCCACCAGCGCCGAGACAUCGAUCCGCCUCCGUUGACUCACAGAGUUCCAAUGACUCAAGAACCAAUAGGAAGCACAAACAUCGGUCGAGGCGACAGCAAUCCGAUGCGGAAAGCGAGUUGUCCCGAGGCUCUGGCAGGUCUGGUCGCAAGCACCGCAGACAUCGCUCUCGACACAAGCACGAAUCGGGCUCCGAAAGAGACGACUUACAACCUGAUCCCAAAGAGUACGAGCUAAUAGAAUCAGAAUCACAGUGGAAAGAAGUUUUAAGGCAGACAAAUGCUGGUGGUGUAGUUCAGGUUGCAAGUGUACGUCGGUCUCAAAUGGAACCGGAGACAGGAACACAUAGGUCAUCACAUAGGCACAGAAGGCACAGAAAACAUCGGUCUCGAUCUGGGUCGCCAAAUGACAAGAAGUGGCUACCCAAUGAACUGAAACAGCAUUUAGAAUUUUCUUUAGUUGACACGACGGGUAUGACUGAAGAACAACUCAAAGAAAUUCCUUACACAGUGGUCCAGACUAGUCAUGCUCGGCAAACUAAAUUAAGGACAUCUUCAAAACACAGGCAAACGGAACAUGGAUCGUUAGCAAGACGAGACAAAAGUGCCUCGUCACACGGCAAGAACCAUGACAGUCAUAAUCAAGGGUCUCUCCGGUCCAUCACCAGUACCCUAAGCUCACACAGAACAAGCAGUGAGAAACACGGCAGACGUGUGUAUCCUAGUUACGAUGAUACGGUUAAUAGGAAUGGAGAUGAUUUCCUCACGAACAAUGGUUACAAAGGCAAUGUGACCCCAGUGUCGAAUAACAACAACCCAUAUAGCCCCGUGACCAACAGCAAUAGCAACAGUUCCAGUGGCGAAUUGAUAUCAGGCAGCGCGAGAGUUUCACACGAACAUACUGACUCGGGGCUUGGCGCAGAUCAGGAUUAUGCGUAUUCGUCAGAGAGAUCGAGCGACAGUGCGAAAUGCGGUGCGGGGGGAUCGACAGCGCCAGUGAGUAGGCAGUGGUCUAUCGCGGGCGGAGCGGGCAGCGUGGAGGCGCGAGGGCUGCGCGGGGGGCGGGAAGCGCGCGAGCGUUCGCUGCGGGACGCUCGCGCCGGCGCGCUCGCUCGGCGUCCGCCCGCUGCGCCGGCGCGGGUCUCGGGUUCGCAACGCUCGCUGCUGUCGGUGGCCAGCGACAGCGCCACGGCGCGACGCCCGCGCGACCUCGCCCCUCGUGGCUACCUCCACCCCGCAGACGGGGGCUUUUCUCUCUUCAGACAUGCUAGCAACAACAACAUUUUGGUGGGCGAGACCGGUUCGCUGGCCAGGCGAUACGCGCGGCCGACGCGGGAGUCGCGGGACUACAAUGCGAACCUGGCGCGAACGCAUUCGCGAGUCGCCCAUGUUCGCCACGACAACACUCUCGACAUUAUCCUUAAACCUCUCAUAGAAAGCACGCAGCUGCAGAGCAACUGAACGUAGAAAAAGAAAGUACUCAAGUCAGUACGGAAGCAACCUAUAAGUCAUCUGUCGGUGCAAAUAGCAGCAAGCCCCCUGGCGCCGCAGAAAUGAGCACAGAACUAUGAAUCACAUCCACUCCUUGAAUUUUUUUGUAAGUUUGUAAUUGUUUUAACUUAUUGUUGUAACUUAAUAUUCAUUGAGGGUAUGUUAAAACAAAUUUCUAGACUGGAAUAGCAGUACUAUAUUGUCUUGAUUUUGUAAUAUUUUUAUAUAGCCUAAAUUUCAUGGUAAGUAAUGAAAUGAAUACUCACCAAAAAUAAACCGAUUUGCUCGGUAAUCACUCGAAUGGAAUGUAUGAGACCAAGCGAAAAGGAAAGGUAAUGUUAUAAUGUGAUGGGGGAAAGAUAUUGCCGAAUACUAUGGAUGCCGGGAUUACGUGGAUAUGUUGAAAAAAUAUUAUGGGGGAGAUUUAUGCGAGCGUACGUAGGUAAGAAAGGUAUGUUAGUGGCGGAAAAUCUAUGGUUUCCUUCACGGGUAUAAGCGGUUGCGUUGUGAAACUAGCAAUGUAGAGUUGCUUGAUGCAUGUUAUGGAAAUUUAUAGCUUUUCAUUGUAAUGAUUUUCAAUAACAGGAAUUAUUCAUUUUAGAAAUCCAAAACAUAGCGAAGAUUUUUUUUAAAUAAAGCUCUUGGAUACAAUUGUAAAUGACUUUAAGUUUUUAAUUUUUUUAUACUAUGGCUAUAGUCGUUAAUCUUCCUCACA